AUUCUCCUGAAGACAGUUUCAGACAGAUUGCUAGGCUGCUGCUGUACUCAUUGAAGCAGAAUCUACUGAAGAGUUGCUGAGGCAGAACUGAAAUCAUGCCUCGCCUCAAAGAAACGACAGUCUUGUCAGCUAAUUAUUUCUAACACACAAAUAGCAUUCUUGUCUAACAUUGCUUUUCAUGUAAAAUUCUAAGCCUUUUAAAGGCAGCUCUAGUGCUUAGGUGUUCAUCCAGGUUCUUUGCAGCCCCUGCUACUUUGCACUUACAUUAUGAGCAAGGUGAAGAAGAAUGGAAACUAAAGAUACCUGGAACUACCCGUAACAGCUGCAGAAGGAAAUGGGUCGGGUUUUCUCUCGACUAGAUGAAGAUAACACAAGUACAUCUAAGUGACUUCUACCAUGGCCUCAGCAAACUGAUGAUGAAAAUAAGGAAACUGGGGGAUUACUCCUUUCAGCUUCCCUGGACAAUGGAAGGAGAGCCUAUCACCUCUACUUUGUUGCCACCUGGGAAUGUUCCACAAGACGCUAGCUUGACCCUGGAACAGAAAACCACCUUUGUCUUUGUGAUCUUAUUAUUUAUUUUCUUAGGCAUCCUCAUUGUCCGAUGCUUCCGAAUUCUCUUAGACCCCUACAGGAGUAUGCCAACCUCCACCUGGGCUGACGGACUCGAUGGGCUAGAGAAAGGCCAGUUUGAUUAUGCCCUGGCUUAGACUGAGACUCAGAAAUACUAUUUAGAGGAGUUUGGUUUAAAAAAAAUCCUGGAAUGUAGAUUUAUUUCCCCCCAAUUUUCUCAGCUAUUAUAAAAGCUGCCUUGCAUGACUGCACAAAACAUUAAUUUGUUUUUAAAUAAAUGUCAAAGCGAGUUAAACAUUUGAAGAUAGACUGGUGAUUCUCCUAAUGGAGGGAAAAAAUAAAACAACUGCGCUUCAAAACAUAU